CAAAAUGAAACUUGUCCUUACAACGCUCCGUACUUACGUCAGCAUUGAGGAGAAAACAUGGCGGUCGCCUUGGCAAGGAGAGUGUCCGGGCUGCUGAGGCCGCUGUCUGUGUCUCUGUGUGCCAAGACACCGCAGCUCUGCCACUUCUCCAGCCUCAUCCAGCCUCCGCCUCUCUACAGCUGUGCUGCAGCCGCCGUCCGAGCUCCUCUGCGGGCUGCGGUGUGUCAGACACCCCGGUACAACAUCCUCCACCGGGUAUCGCCACUCAUUCCCAGUCUGACUCAGCAACCAAGCAGAAGUCUGACGUAUUACAGUGUGAAGAAAGGGAAAAGGAAGUCUGUAAAAUCUGUGACCAAAAGGUUCAUGAGGCUGCAUUGUGGCCUUUGGCUCAGACGCAAGGCUGGAUACAAGAAGAAACUGUGGAAGAAGUUACCUGCCAGACGAAAGCGCCUGAGGGAGCAUGUAUUCUGUAACAAAACACAGAGCAAGCUAUUGGAUAAAAUGACAACAUCUUUUUGGAAAAGGAGGAACUGGUAUGCUGAUGAUCCGUACCAGAAGUACCACAAUCGCAUCAACCUCAAACAUUAGUGACAUCUUAUUUUCUGUUUGAAUACAAUGUAAUAAAGUUAUAUGUGAUAAA